GAUGACAUGGCGCACGACACACCCACUUGAAGCUUGAUCACCCGCGAAGUCGAGAUCUCCGCUGCGUUGGCGAAAUGUGCCCUGUGCUUCGAAAGAUUGUCUCCACUGCGAUGUCGGCUAUGGCGAUGAUGGCGAUGAUGGCGACGUUGUCGAUGACGGCCCUCAACGGCGACGAAGACGACGAUGGUGACGACGGGAAAGAUGGUGACUAUGGCGAUGAUGGCAAUGAUGGGGGUGACGAUGACGAAUAUGAGUUGCGCACUCCACGGCAGAAGAACGCAACGAUUACGUUCACAGGUCCCACGCUGAAUGUGGCGACGAGGACGGUGGAAGGCUGGAAGCCCCCGUGCGUUGAAGAAGGCGACGGCCGCGAUCGUGGUGACGAUGGCGAUGAUGGCGACGAAAGUGAUGAUGGCGACGAGGACGUCAAAGGCGGUGAGGAUGACGACGAUGACGUCGGAACGCGCACAGAAGGCGACGUCGAGUGGGCUUCGUAGCGUGCGCACAAGACAACGAACCUGCAGCAAGGCCAGGAUCGUCCAAGAAGGCGGCGUGCAGCGUGCGA